AUGUCGUCCACACCGCACCUUCGCAGUCUGAACAUAGACAAUAUCAACCCCCAUGUGAAGGCGGCACAGUACGCUGUCCGAGGAGAACUGGCAAUCAAAUCAGAAGAAUACAGACACAAGCUAAGAUACACCGACCCGCCCACUCCUCCAGAGGAGCCUCUUCCGUUCGACUCUGUCAUCUCCGCCAAUAUCGGCAACCCCCAACAGCUCGACCAGAAACCCAUCACGUUCUUCAGAGAGGUCCUCGCUCUUGUGGAGCACCCCAAACUUCUGGAGAACGAAGAGGCUCUUAAGAAACAUUUUGGUUACAAGCAGGAUGCUAUCGACCGUGCCCGUUGGCUGUUGAAAGAGGUUGGCUCUGUCGGUGCAUAUUCGCAGUCCAUGGGUGCCCCGGGCAUCCGACAGUCGGUUGCGAAUUUCAUUGAGCAGCGCGAUGGCUUUCCGGCGGAGAAGAACGAUAUCUAUUUGACGGCCGGUGCCUCGUCUGGAGUGCACUCAUUGCUUACCGUUAUCUGUGCAAGCCCCUCUACCGGUGUCAUGAUUCCCAUCCCACAGUACCCCUUGUACACCGCUACACUGGCUCUACACAAUGCACGUGCUGUCCCAUACUACCUGGAUGAGCAGCAUGGGUGGGACACGAACAUGGCUGUCAUCAGGGAAUCGUACGAGAAGGCUGUUGCCGAGGGCACCGAUGUUCGUGCUAUUGUGGUCAUCAACCCAGGCAACCCGACUGGUGCUUCGUUGUCGGAGUGGGAUGUUGAAGAUGUCAUCAAGUUCGCUGCGGAAAAGAGUCUAGCCAUCAUUGCAGACGAAGUAUACCAGACGAACGUUUUUAUCGGAAAGUUCCACUCAUUCAAACGUGCCUUGAGAAUCUUGCAGCAAAAGGAGCCCGGGCUUUAUGACCAUGUCGAACUGGCUUCCCUCAACUCUGUGUCGAAAGGCAUGGUGGGUGAAUGUGGACAUCGUGCUGGUUAUUUCGAGCUUGUCGGCUGGGACCAAGAAGUGCAAGCCCAGAUUUACAAGUUGAUCAGCAUCAUGCUCUGCCCUCCGGUCAUCGGACAAUGCCUGGUCGAAAUGGUGGUCAACCCACCAAAGAAGGGUGAUCCCAGCUAUCACCAGUAUCACGAAGAAUACUAUGCCAUCAAGCACGGCUUGCAGCAACGCGCCACCGCACUGUAUGAUGCGUUUGAGAGGAUGGAGGGUGUCGAAGUUGGUGAACCCCAGGGCUCCAUGUACCUCUUCCCAACCAUCCGUCUCCCUCCAAAGGCAAUUGAAGCAGCGAAAGAGGCGGGCAAGAAACCAGACGACUUCUACUGCUUGCGGCUACUAGAUGCAACCGGCAUUUGUGUGGUUCCAGGCUCCGGUUUUGGUCAGAAGCCCGAUACCCUCCACUUCCGGACCACAUUUUUGGCUCCUGGUACGGACUGGGUUAGUCGGUGGACAAAGUUCCACCACGAGUUUAUGGACAAAUAUAGAUAA